AUGGGCGGUCAUGCCUUCAAAAACCUCUACUGUCCACGCAUCAAUCCAGAUGUAUACUUCCAAGUCAAAGCCCAAGCUACUACAGCACUUCAGAUAGUAUUCACACAUGUAGUCGUCCCAGCUGAGAUGCCCGAGAAGAACGACUACGGCGACGUCGACUUCCUCGUUUGUAGCCCGUUGCACUCCCCACGACCUCACACCAUAAAUGAUUUCCCAUGGGAAGAAACAGUCCAGCUUACCAAAGAUGCCUUUGGAACAACACAUGGACGCCGAGGCUAUCUCACCAAUGAUUGCAUGUAUUUCGCCGUCGAUGCGUCAUGUGAUGGAGAAGACUACUUUAUCCAGAUUGACGUUAAGGUCUGCUUCAAGCCAGAGUUGUUCGAAUGGUACACCUUUGGCUUUGGCUAUGCGAGUAGCAGUAAGAUAAUUGGAAGUAUGGUGAAGCCCUUAGGUCUCACGAUUGACCCAGAAGGCAUCCACAUUCGCGUUGAAGAUUUGGAAGAGACAGAUCAUAACGAGAGUAUGUUGUGGAUCAGUAAGGAUCCCAAAGAUGUCUUGAGAAUUGCCGGUUUGGAUUUCAGAAUCGUGAACGGUAGAUUUAAGACCAAGGAAGAGAUAUACAAGUAUUUUGCUCGUUCAUGGCUCUUUAAUCCAGCUCAUUUUGCUGCAAGGCUCGCCGAGGAGAAUUAUGGAAACCGACUGGAAGAGCGAUCUGCGCCCUGGACUCACUUCAUCAAAGAGUGGGUGCCUGGGCACUACCCUGGCUACCGGUUUACUAUAGGCUCUUCAGAUACUGUGAAUUCCGAAAACAGCGGCGAAGGAAACAUUACACAAGACCUCGAAACAUGGUACAAGCAUACCAGGUCCGCCGUCCGUGACAAAGUCUUCACCACGUUCCCCAACACUGCAGAACAGUACUACACCAAACGGGCCGCCCAUCGCAAAAGGCUUGAAGAACAGCAAUUGGCAAGUCUAAUCAUGAAUGCCAUACCCAUCGGCACAAGCGGAUGGGAAGCUGCAGUGGCAUCAGUCAACCUCACAUUCACGCAUACACCCCUCGCACCACCUGAUCUCGAGCCCACCCCCUCCCACGAAACACCACAUCCAUCAUUGGACUUCGUAACCCCUGUCAUCACAUACAACAACACCCUUUCCCCCACCCAACCCAAAACUAUCCACCUACCCCCUCUCCCCCAGUGGUGGCGGGUUUGGGCUAGGCAGGGUGUGGUUAAUUAUGUGGGGAUGUGGAGGGUGAGGUUUGAGAAGGAGGAUAAG